GACACACACACACACGCGCUGCCCUGGUGAUUCAAGGCUGAUUUCCAGCGAGGAAGCGUCAGAGUGGAUGCCAAAAAAGAGCGGAGCAGCGGUGGACAAGUUUGUGGCGCUGAAAAAGAAUUUUAAAAAAGCGAGAGAGGUUUCUUCUUUUUUGUUGUUGAAGAAAUAGCAGGAGAGGCGAAACGCCAGCAAACAAGACUCAAGUUGCGCACAGUGUGGCAGACUUUGAGCGGCACAAUUGUUGUGACUUGACUCCAGAGGCGCACAAAAGAAGGCGAACAACAAGGAGAGGACUAACUAACGAGCACGCCUUGUCGUCUUGGCUUCUUUCUGUACACUGCACUGCACUUCUGUCUCUCUCCACUUUUUUAUUCCCUUUUUGUAAUAUUUUUGAAGUUUUUUGUGUGUGUGUCCCACCGGCGUGUGUGGCCUUUUUGUCGCCGAGAGAGCGAGUGGACGCGCGGGGGGCCGAGAGGAGCCGGAGCCGGGCUGCCCACAUGCUCCGACCACUGGCGUAAAAGUUGACUUCUUCCCAACACAAGAGAACAGGUGCCAGUGAUGAUGGUGGAAUCAGCCUCUGAGACCAUUCGAACGACACCGUCCAGCCAGAACGGAGUCAGCAGCCUCAGCAGCCAAUCAGACGGUGGGGGAGGGAGAGAAGGCGGUUCAAAUGGAGACACCAACGGAGAGAUCAGCCCAGUGGACCUACUACACCUGCAACAGCAACAGGCUCUCCAGGCAGCCAGGCAGUUCCUCCUCCAGCAGGCCUCUGGGCUCAACUCCCCUGGCAGCAACGAGGUCAAGCAGAGCCCCGUGCAGGUCCCUGUAUCCAUGGCUAUGAUGAGCCCGCAGAUGAUCACUCCACAGCAGAUGCAACAGAUCCUGUCACCCCCUCAGCUCCAGGCUCUGCUGCAGCAACAGCAGGCUCUCAUGCUAUCACAGUUACAGGAGUACUACAAGAAGCAGCAGGAGCAGUUGCAUCUGCAGCUUCUGACUCAGCAGCAGCAGCAACAGCAGCAGCAGCAGCAACAACAGCAACAACAGGCUGGGAAGCAAGCAGCAAAAGAGCAGCUAGGCAGUAAGCAGCUGGCCUUCCAGCAGCAGCUGAUCCAGAUGCAGCAGCUUCAGCAGCAGCACAUCCUCAACCUGCAGAGACAAGGCCUGGUGCCCCUGCAGCCCACCGCGGCCAUGCAGUCCCUGCAGCAAGCGAUGUGUCCGUCAGACCUCCAGCAGCUGUGGAAGGAGGUGUCGGGGGUGCCGAGCAGCGAGGAGGCCUUGAAACAAGCCGAAGGGCUUGACUUGAGUACCAACAGCUCUAAUUCUACCUCAGCCUUCCCCAAAGCGGCCAGCGCACACAUUCCGCUGCACAACCUGCCCAAUGGACAGAGCCACACCCCAAAGAGAGACAGAGCCAGACUGUUUGAGUGGAUAUCCUCCUUCACCAAGGCAGACAGCGGAGAUGACCAUGCUCCCCCUUACUCCAAAGGCAGCCAACCCCCUACCAGCCAUCAUGAGGAGCACGCGGGCUCCCAUCCUCUGUAUGGCCAUGGAGAGUGUAAGUGGCCCGGCUGUGAAGCACUGUGUGAGGACAUGGGACAGUUCAUCAAGCACUUGAACAACGAGCACGCCCUAGAUGACCGCAGCACUGCUCAGUGCCGAGUCCAGAUGCAGGUGGUACAGCAACUGGAGAUACAGCUGGCAAAAGAGAGUGAGCGACUCCAGGCCAUGAUGACCCACCUGCACAUGCGCCCCUCAGAGCCAAAGCCAUUUAACCAACCUUUGAACCUGGCUUCCAGCGGCUCUCUGCUAAAGCGAGACAGCGAGGCCUACCCAGAGGGCCUUCCUCACCCACCGACCUCAGCUGCGACCCCCAUCACUCCGCUGCGCCAGGGACCCUCAGUCAUCAGCUCAUCCAGCCUCCACACACACUCCCACUCCCAUUCCCACGCGCAUGCUGUUGGGCCCAUACGUCGGCGCAACUCCGACAAGUACUGCACACCCAUCGCCUCAGAGCUGGCUCAGAACUGUGAGUUCUACAAGAACGCUGAUGUCAGGCCCCCCUUCACCUACGCCUCCCUUAUACGCCAUGCCAUUCUGGAGUCCCCAGACAGACAGUUGACUCUGAACGAGAUCUACAACUGGUUUACGCGAAAGUUCGCCUACUUCAGGAGAAACACGGCCACAUGGAAGAAUGCCGUGCGCCACAACCUGAGUCUGCACAAGUGUUUUGUUCGUGUUGAGAACGUGAAGGGGGCCGUGUGGACCGUGGACGAAGUUGAAUACCAAAAGAGGAGACCACCAAAGAUGACCGGGAGUCCGACUCUGGUGAAAAACAUGAUUUCAGGCCUGGGCUUUGGAUCCCUAAACGCUAGCUACCAGGCAGCCCUGGCAGAGAGCAGUCUGUCCCUGCUAAACAGUCCCCCCCUGGUGACCCCACCAUCUGCAGCCAGCCUCAACAUGCUGCAUGUGGGCCACGAUGAUGUCAGCUCCACCGUGGAGCAGGUCAACAGCAACGGCAGCUGCAGCCCCACGCUCAGCCCUCAGCAGUACAGCCACCCGGUGCACGUGAAGGAGGAGCCCACUGAGAUCGACGAGGACGGUCGGCCUAUCUCCCUCCUGGCCGGGGUCACACACAACCUGCCGUUGUCGUGCGACGACCGCGACUUGGAGGAGGACCUCCCCACCGAGGAUCUGGAGUAAGAUGGAUCCAGGGGGCGGGGCUUAGUCAGAUGGGUCCUGAAGAAGAAACGAUAGCAAAAAGAAAAAUAACAAGAAUGUUUUUUUUUUUUUCCUUUUUUUAUAUUUGUUGUUAUGAGCAAGCAACCAAGGAUGACAUUGAGAAACUCCAAACAGGGUUUGAAGACCUCCAUUACUUUUAGACGCAAAAACUACUCUGUGGAGCACUGCUUUAACUUCCCAUGUCUCUUCAAAACACACACACAAACACACACUGGCGCACUCCUUUACAUGUCAAGGCCUCCUCCUUCUAAACUUCAGCCUCUCUGUGGAGACCCAAAGAGGUUUGGACCCUCUUUUCCUCCUCACUCGAGGCCCACAUCCAGGAUCGUGUGUAAAUAGAUUUGGAGCAUCUGCGAGGGGGGCUGUGCAGUAUACCUCUCCUUCACCCCCCCUCUUUGGAGUCAAUCAUUUCAUUUACUUCAGCCGGAUCCAGACAAAACCUUUGGGCGUCAGGAUGGGACGAGAAGACGGAUGCUUUCAAAGAAUACCUCGAACUGUGCUAUAGCACAUCCAAGUCUCUGCAUCUCUGUGUGAGCCCACAGUGGGGAGGGACUGGGGAGGGACUGGGGAGGGGGGGUGAGUGUGGCCCCUUACUCACGGACAUCUUUUAAGCUUUUAAGUGAGUUAUCAAAAAAAAAAAAAGAAGACACUGUCCCAACCACCCAAAAAGACUGCAAGAAAAGGAGCAUCCACUUUGGGAUGGAGGGAUGAGCUCGGAACACUCGUAGAAGAAAAGGAAGUGUCUGCAGAAAUAUUGUGACUAAAAAAAAAAAAAAAAAAAAAAAAGGAACCUGUCGAUGAUAUGGAAUAUAACAAGAAAAAAUGUGUGGUAGCUUUCUUUGUCAUUUCCUUUUUUUCCGUGAUGUUAUUAUCAUUCUUUAUUUUUGACGAUCACAAUUUCCAUGGUGGUGUUUCUGUUUCGAUGUACAGUAUCUUUGCUGAGGAUGCUGUUUUAUUUUUCUGUUGUUUUUUUUUCACACAAUUCCUAAAGAGUAUGAAAAAAAAGAGAAAGCGCAGUAUUGUCCCCUCUCCCCUUCAUGCCCAAAGUGUAGCAGGCUAGAAAUUUGGAAAUAGCACUUAAAAGGUUACCAUUAUCCAGACAGAUUAUUUAAUAGCAGUUGUUUUUGCUUUUGCUUUGUUUUGGUUAAUUCUGUCUCAUUCACUUAGUUUGGUUGUUUUUUAGUUGAGAGAUAUCAGUAAUGCUUUAAAACAAAUGUAUAAAUAUAUAUUAAUGCAGUCAUAGAAUACCUCAUCCCACUAAAGUUCCAAAUUCACAAGAAACAAAGGAUGGGGAAUUGUUUUCGUGGGACACCAAAACAUGGCUGGAUUCAAAGCUCUGUGGUUGUGAUUAGUUACUGUGUCGAUGCUAUCGAGCAUUCACUGUGUGCAUAUGUGUUCAAGGAAUAGCACGUGACUUUUUUUAGAUUUUGUUUUUAUUUUAUUCCGUGAGCAUAAAAAGCGUCUUCAUAGUGCCAUACCAAAUUGAACAUUUCUUUUCAAAUAUCUGCUUCUCACUCCCGCGUUUGUUUUGUUACAGGUAACCAAAGAAAUAUUUAGAAAACCAAAAACCCUGUACAUUAUUUUAACCCCAUUCUUUUUUAUUAUUAUUAUUCGAGUCCCCCUUUUAUUCUGUAGAAACUGGCCAAAAGACAACAAACCAGGAGUUUGAGCUCUUUUUUUUUUAUUGUGAUCUGUUUUUGUUUUUUUAAUAUUGUUUGGAAGUUGAACAGGACUUACAGUGCUCACCAUUCCCGCAAACCAAAGUAUUAGAAGCAAACUAAAAAUUGGACACUUUUGUUGGUUACAAACUGUUCCCAUUAGGUAUGAGGCCAAAUAUACAAAGGAGUAAUACACUGAAAAGAAAAAAAAAAUGUUAAAAGCGCAGGGAAAACGUUAUGAGAGAAUAAAUACCUUCUUAUUAUCUUUUUUUUUCUUGUAAUGUUGAGUCUUUAUCCGAGUGAAUUACAAUAUUUUUUUGGAAAAACAUGACAUUUGUAUUCUUGUGAUCAGAUUUUAUUCUCAUAAAUUACAAUUUAUUUAAUGAAAAAUAUGAUUUUUCCUCACAAAAAUACAAUUUUUUCUACAUAAUAUUACAUCUUUAUUCAUACGAAUUGCAACUUUCUUCACAAAAAAAUACAUUAGAUUAUUAUUUUAUUCUGAAUGUUAAGACUUUUUUUCAUGCAAAGUCAUCACACGAUUAUGGCUUUUUUUCACUAAAGUGUCUAAUUUUAUUCUGUUAAGAUCGAGACUCAAAAAAAUGACUUUAUUCUCAUAAAUUUACAACUUUUUUCCUGGAAAAAAUGCUUCUUAUAGUAUCAAGAUAUUAUUCUUAAAAAUUGCAUCCGUUUCCAUGAAAAAAAAGACAUUUUUUUCAUGAAAAAUGCAAUUUUGGCAAAUUUGCAAACACUAUUUUUUUUUCUUUGCAGUGGUCCCCAGACACUCCUUAGUACAAAUAAGUAUUACCAACAUGCACAGUUCCUCUGAAACUGAUGAAGAAAAAGCACUUAUAGGUGAAAGCCUGUCUCUGCCAUGCUCAGGCUAAAGUGUGUUCCAAACACAACCCCGGGACUAAGUCAUUCCAAAUAUGUGUAGCAAGGAGUCUUUCCAUGAAGAGGGAACAAAUACAAACAAUACUAAGACUAUAUCAGUGGAAAAGGACAACAACCAAGGGACGUAAUGGUAUAAAAGUUCACAUUUUCCUAACUUUUGCACUUCACACCAUUUUCUUAUUUAAUUGAUGAACAGAUUUCUUAAAAAAGAGCAAAAAGACAGACCAAAAAGAACACUACCUCCUUUUGGAACUCUCUUCGAUAUUUUUCCCCUUGCAUCCUUCCUCAAUAACAAUGAACGCCAAAAUUUUGGUCUCUAUCUGGUCUCCCUGACACGACUGCUUCAGCCCAAAAUCAUACAUCACUAACUGUAAAGACUACCUCACCGUAGCUUGAACCUGAAGCGCUCUCUGCUCUCCGCUCUCAAAGUGUCACUGAAGUGAAGCAUGAUGGGGGCCAAUGAGAGCCCCCCAUUCAUUGGCCAAUGUGCUGUUGCGGGGAGCUCUUAUCGGGUUGCGAUGAUAGGCAGAAUUUAUCCUACACACUCACUUACACACACAUAUGGGGUGUCACACACGCAUUGAAGCAGGGCUGCAUGGGUGAGUGCAAAUAGAGGCUCUGACCAAAUAUCCAAAGACCCCCAAAAAGCAGUAAAACACACACAAACCAAGAGGAACUGCUGCAUUGAGUCGUAUAUGUAGAUGAUCUUGUGCUUUAAGGUACACCUGUAAACAAGGCUGUUUUAUAAAGGUUGUUCACAGGUCACCAUGUAACAUUUCUUGGCAUAACAUGAUGUAUUCUUGUAUUUUAAUGAUUGACUUAUCUCUCCAGGGCAUUCUUUCCUUUCAUUUCCUUGUAGUUUUGUUUCCUGCACCUGUUCAACUGUUGUAAAGCUAGCAGCUCUGAUUGGUAUACUGUACUGCGAAUGCUGAAGUAUACGUAUUUAUCAUAUUAAGUACUGCAGGUAUCUUGGUUUUACUAGUUUUCAUUUGUUUCCAUGUUUUCAGUUCUCCAUAAAAACGUCUGGGACGCAGAUAAUUUUUUUUUUUUUUUAUGUAUUAUCGCUAAAGAAAAAAAGUUAAAAGAAUAAAAGUUAGAUCAGUGGUUUUAGGUAAGACCUGUUUGUAUAUUUAUCUUAGCUAGGUCUAUUUUGAUACUUUUUUUGUCUCUGUACUGCAGUGAUGCGUUUUUAAGGAAAAAAAACACAAAUGGAUGAACUAAAAAGUUACUUCAUUAUGUAUUGAUACCUCAGAAGAACUUUUUUUUCUCAAAGACAGGACCAAAACCUUUGAAAAGGAAAAGAGUGUAAGAAUAUUUAGCCUCUCUCUUGCUUUAAAAAAAAUGUGGAGUGAAGUUUUUGCUGGUCCUUUCAGGUGCCAAUAUUGUGUCCCAGCUCCCUGUGACCCCUGACCUCUGUCAUUCCUUAGCUGACCUCUGGCCUGCAGAGCUGUCAAUUAUCUGCAGGCGGGAUAGGGGGGUGUGACCAGUCACACACCUCCUCUCUUAAUCCCGCAGAGGCACAUCAAACGCUGACCCUCUUGCAUUAUUGAUGCUCCUCCUCUUUUGUGCGUAGACUCAGUACCAAAAUGUGGACUGGCAUUCUGAGAUGCAGCUCAUCAUCUUGACUACCAAAGUCCAAACUCUUGAACUGUAACCAAACCGAUACCUUAACCAAACAGAAAGCAAGCUACUUCCAAAAGUCUCCAUUGACAUCACUUGCAGAUCACAUUCACUGGUAGCUGUUAUCUCUUGUACAUUUGUGUGAUGGAUGCCGUUGGAGGAGCAGCCUGCGGCUAAAAAGGAGCCUGAAUCCUGACGUGUGAUUGGACAGUUCUGAGGCAUCAUUUAAAGAGGGGGGAGGGACUAUUAACGAGUCAAAAUGACCACUUUAGCUCUCCUCUGGUUUAACCUUAGGAAUGUGUGUACAUUUUCAGCAGUGGCUCUUUGUGUUGUUACUUAGUUUCAGUUUAUGCUUUGCUUUUUUUUGUUGCUAUUUCUUGUUAUUUGGAAGUGUCACCAGAGUUUUUAAGAGGCGGGGACUGGGUGGUGGCUUUAAGACACAGAGUGGAGCCCCCACCCCGGGUAGCCAUGUUAAUGCCAGUCACUGCCCUUUCUUUCAUGCUGUAUAAAACACAAACACCACACACACACACACACACACACACACACACACACACAUACAUAUAUCUGUGUAUUUGUAACCUGAAUCUUCUUGUGUCUGUCCAUGCAGACAAUAAAAAACUGUACAGUAGGUCUAGUUGCAUGUAAUCUGUACUAAUUAUUGACAAUGGCAUUAUAAAAUGCAAUAAAAUACUUAUUACACUGUC